AUGAACGUUGAAACGAGCCUCCCUGGCUCGUCUGGUUCGGAUCUGGAAACCUUCCACCAUGAGACCAAGAAACAUGCCAACCAUGAUUCCGGAAUAUCUGUCAAUCACGAAGCCGAAAUAGGCGUCAACCAUACAUUCGAGAAGCCAGGUCCAGUGGGGAUCCGCGAACGUUUACGCCAUUUUACCUGGGCCUGGUACACCUUGACCAUGAGCUGCGGCGGGUUGGCCCUCCUUAUUGUCAACCAGCCUCAUGACUUCAAGGGCUUGAAGGACAUUGCCCGGGUAGUCUACUGUCUCAACCUUGCAUUCUUCGUCAUCGUCACUUCUCUCAUGGCCAUCAGAUUCAUCCUGCAUAAGAAUAUGUGGGAGUCUCUCGGUCAUGACCGUGAAGGUCUCUUCUUCCCGACCUUCUGGCUUUCCAUUGCAACCAUGAUCACUGGAUUGUACAAGUGCUUCGGUGAUGACGCGAACGAGAAAUUUACCAAGUGUCUCCAAGUCCUCUUCUGGAUCUACUGUGGCUGUACCAUGAUCACCGCCGUCGGUCAGUACUCUUUUGUCUUUGCCACCCAUAAAUACGAGUUGCACACCAUGAUGCCUUCGUGGAUUUUGCCUGCCUUCCCUGUCAUGCUUAGUGGUACCAUCGCGUCUGUUAUCGGAAGCGGCCAGCCAGCCAGUGACGGUAUCCCUAUCAUCAUAGCUGGCAUUACCUUCCAGGGACUUGGUUUCUCGAUCAGUUUCAUGAUGUACGCCCACUACAUCGGACGACUGAUGGAGGUCGGCUUGCCUUCCCCCGAACACAGGCCUGGCAUGUUCAUCUGUGUUGGCCCACCUGCCUUUACUGCCCUCGCUUUGGUUGGUAUGGCUAAGGCGUUGCCUGAUGAUUUCCAGAUCGUCGGUGAUCCCCAUGCUGUUAUUGACGGACGCGUCAUGCUGUUCCUCGCUGUCAGUGCGGCCAUCUUCCUUUGGGCCCUGAGUUUCUGGUUUUUCUGCAUUGCGGUUGUUGCUGUCGUCCGAUCCCCGCCGAAGGGUUUCCACCUCAACUGGUUCGCUAUGGUCUUCCCCAACACGGGUUUCACCCUUGCCACCAUCACCCUGGCCAACAUGUUUGAGAGCCCAGGCGUCAAGGGCGUGGCCACCGCCAUGUCUCUCUGUGUCAUCAUCAUGUUUAUCUUUGUCUUGGUUAGCGCCAUCCGGGCCGUUAUCCGCAAGGACAUCAUGUGGCCGGGUCAAGAUGAGGAUGUGUCUGAAUGA